GCAGGCGCACAAGCCUAGUGUUUUUAAGGUAAAAUGGCUUCGGGUGCCAUUUCCACCGAGGCAAAGAAAACAGCAGAUUUAAGAGUCGUUGAUCUUAAAUCUGAGCUGAAAAGGCGAGGCUUGGAUACCACUGGUGUUAAGAAUGUUCUGCUUGGAAGACUAAAACAAGCCAUUAAGGAUGAAGGUGGAGACCCCAAUUAUGUGGAACUCCAGUCUCCAGCCGAUGUAUCCUCUCGUAAAGGUGCCAAAGGGAGAGGGAAACAAGCUGAUUCUGAAGCUGACACAAACAUGGAAGAUGUUUUGUCCAAGGCUCCCUCAGAUCUUCUGGAAGCCACAGAGAAUGAAUUUGAAAAAGAUGUAACUGACACAGAUGAUGGUUCUCUGGAAAAUUCAAAGCCGGCUUCCAGUGAGACCAGCGUCCCGCAGCCUGAGGCUGACCCUGAACCCGAGUUGGAUGCUGGUGUGGCCGAAGCCGAUUCUGAACCGGAGGUAGAGGCUGAUCCUGAGGAGCCGGAGUUCGAUGCAGAGCUGGAUGGAGAGCCAGAGGUUGAUAUUGAACCUGAACCUGAACCUGAACCUGAGCCUGAGCCUGAAGGUGAACCGGAACCGGAACCCGAAGAGGAUGCUGAACCAGUCAUCGAUGGUGAAGCAGAGCCUGAGCUUGAGACAAGGGUCAAUUCAGAUGCCAUGAAUUCUUUUCAAGACGCAGAAGAGGAUCAUCUUUGUGUCUCAAUCCAAAACGAGGACGCCAUCACCCUCGAUGUUGAUGGCGAUGACCUCUUGGAUACAGGUAAACAUGUGAAACUUCCAGAUACAGAGACUGAAAAGAGCAUUGAUGAUCACGAAGCCUCAGUUGAGAUGGAACCAGAUGAUGAUUUAAAGAUGGAAGACACAGAUGACGACAGAGAUGGUAAGAGAGACGACCGAUCCUGGGCUGAGUCCUCAAAGAAAGACAGCGGAGAGGCUUCAAAGAAAGCUGAAGCGGAAGACAAAGCAAAGGAUUCUGGGAAGAAAGGCACCCUAUCUUCUGGGGCAUCAGGUCAAGAAAAGAGCUCUUCUCGGGACAGAGAUGGGAAAGACACAAAGAAUGAGAAAGGCGUGAGCAGCAGCAACCUCAGCUCUUCUUGCAACAUUUGGGUGAGCGGCCUUUCGUCCAACACCAAGGCUGCGGAUCUGAAGAAUUUGUUUGGAAAAUAUGGAAAAGUUUUAAGCGCAAAAGUUGUUACCAACGCGCGCAGUCCUGGAUCCAAGUGUUAUGGUCUGGUGACAAUGUCAUCCAGCACCGAAGUGACGCGAUGUGUCACCCAUCUGGACUGUAUGGAGCUUCAUGGGCAGCAGAUCUAUGUGGAAAGGGCGAAAAAUGACCCGUUUAAGAAAGAGCCAUCGAGCAAUGAGCGAGGAGACGCCUCCGCCGGCAAAUCUGGUGACAAGCGAAAUUCCACUGGGUUGAAACUGACUAGCAAAGCCCAGCCUACCAUCAAAAAAGAUCAACCAGACAAGGACUCGUUGAAGAAGCAGGACCUGAAAAGCGGAAAAAUGGAGUCCACAUCCUCUAAUUCAUCCCAAGGGGGCAGCAGCCCAGGCACGACGGCUGGAGACAGAACCAAAAGGGGCGAUGGGCACUUUGAUAAGGCGACAAAUGCAAAACGACCUUUUAAUGACAAAGGGGAAGAUAUAGACAUUUUGCCCUUCAGGCAAAUAAAGGAGCAGAAGCUGCGUGAAAAGCGGGCCAGAAGACGUGAGUUUGCUGAACAAGAGCACAUCCGUCUGCUGAGGGAGCGAGAAGAACGAGAGAUCUUGAUUCGCGAGCGCCACCGGCUGGAGAUGGAAAGGCAAAAACUUGAAAGGGAGCGGCUGGAGCGAGAGAAGCUGGAGAGGGAGCGGUUUCGCAUCGAGCAGGAGAGGCGUAAGGAGGCUGAGCGUAUGGCACGAGAACGAGAGGAACUGCGAAGGCAGCAAGAGCAACUCCGUUUUGAGCAAGAAAAAAGAAACCACCUCAAGAGAGGCAGAGAAGUUGAACACAGCCGACGGGACGAGCCAUAUUGGAAGAAGAUGAAAGAUGAUCCCAACGAUCAUGCUCCCGGCUACAGCCGACAGCCAAACCGCUUCCAAAGCUUCCAGCCACGUGAAAGAGGCAGGUUUCCUGGACAUGACCAUGAUCAGCACAGUUCAUUUGACAGACGCCGGUUUGAUGGCGACCUGCAAGCCAAGAAGAGUCGAGAUGGUCCAUCCUUCGAGCGCUACAACAAGAGCUUUGAUUCGGUCCGCAGAGGAGAGCCGUCUCCCCGUGAUGACAUACGCAGCGACAAUGAUCGCAGAGAGAGAGACGACAGGCGCCCACUACCCAUGCACCAUCGGCCUAUGAGUUCCAUGUCGCACCACCGCUCUCCACGAGACGGAGGACCAGCAUGGAAGAAUGACGGGCACUUGGCUGCCAACAAGGGAGACUUGCGAGGACCCAUGCGGAUGCACACAGACCGGUCAGGCAGAGACGGGCCUUCGCUGAGAGGCGCCUCCUCAGGCAGCCAUGGACGGAGCAGCUUCAACCAUCGAGAGGGAGAGCGCUCUUUAAUGAUGAACAGCCAGGCCUUCAGCUCUGGUCGCCAGGUGGUGGUGGAACGUCAGGGCAGAGAUCAGGGCAUGAGGAAGGACUGGCACAGCAGUUCAGGCUCGCAGAGCGGCGGCUUCUCCGACAGCCGCAGGAUGAUUUCAUCCUCGUCCAGUUCCUCUGGAAUGGGCAGGAUCGUACACAUCACCAACAAUUCCAUGUCCAGCAGCGGCAGCGGUUUCAAGAGCUUCAAAGGAACGCCUCGGAAUUUUUAAGAGAAACCACAUUUAUCGAAAUCUAUGGUUAUUUGUAGGACUGUUUUACGUGGCACGUUGCUGCCGACAGUUGGAUACCUUUUUGUAUAAAUCAGCUCAUUUGGUUUCUUGUUUUGGUCAGGUUCUAUUACAGUUGAGGAACCAUGUCACUUGAGUUAUGUAUAUUUAAAACAACCGGUGUUAACUCUUCACUCACCAUACCUUCAUUUCCUCAGUGCUGUAUUUAACAUUAGACAUCGGACUUGUGUUACAUUUUUUAACAUGUUUUUUUGCUGUCAUUGUUUUUGUAAAAAUGUCUCUCCAGAUGAAUGGCUGUCGGGUUUUUAUAUCUGAAUAAAAUCGGCCAUUGGUGGCUGUUGCCUCCUGACAUCACACGUUCUUGCAGAUGAUUUGGUCUGACUUGACUGAGCGUCUGUCUCCUGAAAUCCUUCCUCUCCCUUUUGACCCUGGAGAAUCUACAGGUCACGUUUUAAUUGGAACCCAACAUGGACUUGGGUUCUCCUAGGGUUAAAAAUGGUUCCUCUGAACUGACACCAUGUCAUAAAAAAACGUAGCGGCUCAAAACCCUGACACAAAGCUUGCAAGACUUUGGGUGAUGUUUAAGUAAAGUAAAAACGUACACAG